UCUGAGGCAAUGAAUUGAAAGAAGGACAGAGAGCCUGAGUGCAGGGAAGAGAAAGGGAGACAUGAUUGUUUGUUGAGAGAGGGAGAAAAAGAGAAAACUAUCCUCGCGCCACACACACGCGCCAUCCUAAUUCACAUGUGGCACGAUGCGGGCUGUCUCUGCGCUGGUGCUCCUCUGUGUCGGUGUCUUGGUGGUGUCGUCGAUCCAGUCCAUUCGGCAGGAGCUGUCUAUACAGGCACUCAGGGACCACAUAGAGAAAGCAGGCAGCCAGGUGCGUAAAUACGAGGACGCGAUCGUCCAGGCAAAGCUGAAGAUCCAGGAAGUCAACGGCCACCUCUCUCCUAUCAACUCCAAGAAAGCCGAGCUGGCAAAGAAGAAUCAGGAUAUGGGCAAAGCUGGGGCCUUGGUUCUGAAGGAUAUCCAGGAAUGCCAGACUCAGAAGACGGAGGCUGAGAGUUUGAUGCAUGAUGCUUUUGAAAAUCUCGAGAACUCAAAAGUUCAACGACUGCAAGCAGAGGAGGAAGUAAAAAAAUUAAAACAACAAAUUCUGGACAGGGACACCAAGUUGUGUGAAUUUGUGGACAUAAAACAGGAACAAGGAAGAAAGCUGUGUGGAGUUGCUGAGUCCCCAAAAUAGAAGUUACAGGAUUACAUUUGAUGCCCUCUCUGUCCCCCCUUACACACACAUACAUGCUCACACACACACACACAAACCUACUGUAACCUGCCUAUAUUUUGAAAUAAAACGUUUUUAACU